CGAGAAGGAGAAAACUGAAGAAAUUAGCAAUACUGCAAUAGAAUAGAGUAGAAUGAGCAGUGAAAGUGAAAGCUAAGCUCAACACAAGACAAGAAUGGAAUCAUCAACUGAGUCACCUCCUUCAUCCAUCUUCAACCAAAAACACCACCCACCACACGACACCGUUUUCUAUUCCAUCUACCUUGACUCCCUCAUUCUCAACUCCACCACCACCACAACCGCCCUCCAAUCCCUCCACCUCCAAAUCCUCCAAACCCUUUCUCCCUUCACCAACCACUACAUAUGGCAGCAUCAACCCUUCACUCUCUCCCUCUCCAUCCCUCCAAACCCUACCUGCCCCUGCCCCUCUCCCUCCGCCACCACCCUCCCCCACCUUCAUGGCCACCUCCGCUACGGCGACAACCUCGACGACGAGUGGUUCCUCGUCUUUCUCCUCUUCCACACCUCCCUUCGCUUUCCCAAUCUCUCAAUCCGCCUCUGGGACUCCGAUGGCGAGUUCCUCCUCAUCGAAGCCGCAUUCCACCUCCCCCGAUGGCUAAAUCCCGAAACUGCCCUCAACCGUCUCUUCCUCCGUAACGGUAAUCUCCAUAUUGUCCCCAAAACCCGCAUCCCGAACCCCUCACUCAUCGAUUCACUCAAAUUCCUUAUCAAUUCUCCCAACGAAUCGCUUGCUUCAGAGCCAAUUCAGCUCGCGGUGAAGAAUCGGAUAUCUGGUUACCCUGAGAAGGCUAUGAAGAACAUGCAUACUGUUAGGGUUAGGGUUCCUGUGUCCGUUGCGCAGGUUCUGAAGCACGAGCCUUGCUUGAUUUCGCUGGCUGUGGAGGGGUUCUACGAUAGGGAUGUCGACUCGAUGAAAUUCGCGGCGAGGAUGGAGAGGUUCUUGCCGAGAGGGAAGGAGGAGGAGCUGGUUACUGUCUCCGUGAGGAUGUCGAGGGCGAUGUACGCCCAAUUGGUGAGGCAGACGUUCAGGGCGCCCAAGGUGUACCCGGCUGCGCCGCCGCCAGGCGAGAGGGAGGCGUUUUUCGAGGCAGAGCUUGGAAUGAAGAUAGCGUGUGGGUUUGAGAUGAUGUAUCAGCAAAGCAAGCGUGAUGGGGUGGAAGGGAAGGGGAGGACAUGGGAGGCGUUUAAGAAGAGCUUGGAGGAGGUAGGCUACUUCCAAGGAUUGCUUCCGGGUUCCAGUGAGUACCAGAGGUUGUUGCAGAGUGCUGAGGAGUAUUACAUGAACACUUCUCUGCACUCUAGAGAAAGUGAGUUGAUGAGUGCUCCAGUUAGGCGCAUAGAUGAAGUUCUUGCUUUACCGCAUUCAGUGGAUGAUUUCAAGGGUCAUGAUGUUCCUCCAUCUGAUGAUGAUUCCUGGCUUGACAAUGGAGAGGAAGAGUUGGACUCUGCCCUUCUGGAGAGACAAAAGGAAAUGGAACUGUAUGAGUCAAAUCCGGAUGUGGGUCCGUCAUCUGGUUCAAAAACUGAUGAGUUUGAUCCCAGCAAUAUAGCAAAAUCCAUGCAGGCAUUUGUCAAUACAUUAUCAAGUUAUAAGGGUGCUGAAGCUCCUGAUGACAGAAAUAGAGAAGUGGACCUUGAUGUAGACCAAUUUAUUAAAGACAUGGAAUCAAUAAUGAGGUGUCCAGGUGGUGAAACUGCCAACAGUAAUGUCGAAGAAGGCUCCUCUUCCGACCUGGACUUUGAUGAUUCUGACGAGAGCGAUAUGGAUGAAUCUGGUGAAGAUAAUAAGGAUGACAUGGAUGCUUUCAUGCGUUCGUAUUCUGAUGUUAUGAAUGAACAAUUGAAGUCAACCACCCUUCAUAGAAGUUUUGUUCGUGCUAAGGAACAAAUUCCAAAGAAGGAUGAGGGAACAUCAGCUGCCACAGAAGAUAUGGAUGAAGAUUUCUCGCCUGUAGAUGUGGAUGUGAAUUUAGUAAAGAGCUUUCUUGAUUCCUUUUCUUCUCAACAAGGGCUUCCUGGUCCUGCUUCCAAUUUGCUUGGGCUCAUGGGGGUGCAGUUCCCGCAAGAUGCCAACAAGAAGGGCAAAUGAAGUUUAUCCAGGUUUUUCAAGUUUUUGGACUCUCCAUGUUUCCAAUAACAUGUUUUUUACACAUGCUUGGUAGAUAGAGGGACCCAGGGAAUGCAUAGUUAGUAGUGAGCAAUGAUAUUAUUACUUGCAUGAGAGAAAAACAAGAAACUAUACAUCUAUGCUGAGUUACCUUACCUAGCUAUAUCAUAAUUUGUACAUGGGCAGAAGUGCAUGGGAAAUUAGGAAUACUGUAGUUAUUUUUAGAUUGCAAAUCCAUGCAAACUAGUAGGAGCAUAAAUUAGCGUGUAUUAUUCUACCAUAAUUUGAACUUGAUGUGGGUAUUUUCCAAUUUAAUUAUACCAUAGAAGAGAUUAGUUGAAUCUGCUCUGUACAUCUUGUAUUUACUUGCAAAAAAUCCUGGCAUGAGUGUUUUUGUUCGAACUCAUAUAACCCACGAUGGAUGAUUAGUGGCUUUAUGGAUUAUGUAAUUGCCAGUUAUCAAUGUUAAAAUAGUAUUUAUUCAAUAUAA